GUCUGACCCUGGCAUCGCCUCGAGCAUUCUCGAUUCGUACCACCUGCAGCAUCAUCCCGGACGUGCCUCGCCAACUGCUUUACACAGCAUCGCAUUGCCGAAUGCACCCUUAUCAACACCUGAUUUCGGAUCACGCAACCAACUUUGGAACCCUGGUUGGCCGCUCACUAAGGGAUAUCUCCUCGGCAACUGCAGCGGACCAUCCAUCUCUUUGAUCAUCUUUGGAAGUUUGGAUAUCUCACCCAUUCCCACGCCCUCAUCCUCGUCCGACCUCUGCACUCUCCGACGGUUAUCCACAACCAUGUCCUCACCGUGCCGCAAACUUCUUUGAUUCCUGCUCUUUGCAGGCGGUUUGCAUUUCCGCUUGCUAUCGGAGGCCUCCCCGAAACAACCGACAAUCAAUUGGCUCCCAUUCAAGAUUGCGGUCCUGUCCCACCAUCCUCGCUGGUUACAGAGGAUACUUAGCCGUAUAUUCUCAUAACUGGUCACCAUGGACGGGCUCAAGGACAUGCUCAUUGGCUACUUCAUGGCUCUUAAGCCGGCUUUCAUCUCCAAGAAUCCGCAUUUCAACUUCAUCUCUGCCCACUACUUCUAUAUCGUUGGUCUGGCAAUUCUUGGAUCCGUUCUUGUCUAUGGCGCUGGCAAAGGGAACCUAGAUUAUAUCGAUGCUCUAUUCUUUGCCAGCGGUGCCAGCACCCAGGCAGGCUUGAACCCCAUCGACAUCAAUCAGCUCAACACGUUCCAGCAGAUCAUCCUUUACUUGUGGCCACUGAUGACAAACCCGAUAACCAUCCACUCGUUUGUCGUCUUUCUACGCCUUUACUGGUUUGAGAAGCGCUUCCGGCAUAUCGUCCACCAAGCUCGCCAAAUGAGGGGCACCAUCUCCAAGACCAAGACCAGGGCGAGACUUGACAAUGCGGAUGCCGAGACAGGCGUGAAUGGCCGCAAAAUCACCGUGAUGCUGAAUGGGGCCAGGUCGCGCAUCACAAAUGACGGCAUGCUUCUGGAGGACAAUCUGCCGCCAUCGGACGGCGAGCACAUUGAUCCCAAGCGCCAGGUCUCAAACUCGUCUGGGAGCGAUGGUGCUGAUGAGGCUCCGGAACCACGCAGGCCUGAAAUCAAGUUCGCUCGCACCGUCACGAAAAGCGACGGCUUGGGCGAGGAUGUUCUCAAGCUCCCGCAGGCACGAUCCGACCAGGAGCACAUCGCUAUUCUUGAGCGGCAGCGGAAAGGGGAUGACGAGGUGCUGCGGAUCCCUCACCCCCGAGAUGUCGAACGGGGCGUGCUUCCGAAGCGCGUAGUGGCUGGUGAUGAUGAGGAGCCCGAAGCGGCGUCCCCGCGAGCCAGGACCUUCUCCACCAAUUUUGACGGAGAGUUCCAGGCGAGCGCAGCCGAUAACCGUCAACAGGCUAUCACGAUUGAAGAGCCUGACCGCCGGAAGCUGCAGCAAUCCGCCUCAGAGGACUUUGUCGAGGACGCUAAGGCCGCUGCCCACACCUUCUCGUUCCUGAAGCUCCGGAGGCCUCAGUUCUUGCGCAAGACGAACAGGAAGCUUCACAGCAAAUCGGAUGAACCGGGCAGCAGUGUUUCGAAGGGCAAAAGGCGGCAAUCAUUCUCGAACAUGCGGACAGCUUUCUCAAGGGACAAGAUUGAUGGCACGCCAUACCUCAGCUGGGAGCCGACUAUUGGCCGAAACUCUGCUUUCCCGGACCUGACAGAAGAACAGAGAGAAGAGCUCGGAGGUAUUGAGUACAGGUCUUUGAAGACGCUGGCUCUCAUCCUGAUAGGCUACUUCUGGAUCUACUCUGCUCUCGGCGUCGUUGGGCUGGCACCGUGGAUCUUGAACGUCGAACCCUACGGCCAGAUUGUUGACAAGGCCGGCAUGAGCAGGACAUGGUGGGCUUUCUUUACCGCGAGCUCGGCCUUUAUGGACUUGGGCUUCACGCUCACGCCUGACAGCAUGAACUCAUUCAAUACGGCUACAUGGCCGCUCUUGUUGAUGAUCUUCUUGGUUAUCAUUGGUAACACAGGCUUCCCAGUCAUGCUCCGGUUCAUCAUUUGGGUCAUGUCACACAUCGUCCCGGUCGGCACAGGCCUCUAUGAAGAGCUGAGGUUCCUGCUGGACCACCCCCGCCGCUGCUUCACCUUGCUGUUCCCCUCUGGUGCCACCUGGUGGCUCUUCUGGCUUCUCGUUAUCCUGAAUGGUCUUGACGUCUUGCUCUUCAUCGUGCUUGAUCUGAAUACCCAACCGGUCGUCGAUUUGCCCGCCGGCCUCAAGGUCUUGAACGGCCUCUUUGAAGCAGUUGCCACAAGGACCGCCGGCUUUUCUUGCGUCAACAUCGCCAUGCUCCACCCCGCCGUUCAGUUCUCGUACAUGGUCAUGAUGUACAUUUCGGUUUUCCCGAUUGCCAUCUCCGUCCGUCGCACAAACGUGUACGAAGAGAAGUCACUGGGCAUCUACGGUGGGAACGAGAUCGAGGAGCGAGCGGGUCAGAGCGACCUGUCCUACGUCGGAGCACAUUUGCGGCGGCAGCUCUCUUUCGACUUGUGGUACAUUGUCAUCGGGUUUUUUAUCAUCACCAUUGUAGAAGGGCCCAAGCUCGCGGCCAACGAUUUCACCAUGUUUGCUGUCCUCUUCGAGGUUGUCAGCGCCUACGGCACAGUCGGGAUGAGUCUCGGUUACCCCACUGUCAACGCAUCGCUCUGCUCCCAGUUCUCCGUCGUCGGGAAGUUGGUCCUCAUCGCCAUGAUGAUCCGUGGCAGACACCGUGGUCUUCCUUACGGAUUGGAUCGCGCCAUUCUCCUUCCCAGCGAAGCACUCAAUGCUACGGAAGCGGCGGACGCAGAUGCCAGGAUGGGGAGGCUGCCGUCGCAUACCUCGGCAGCGACUGGUGGGCCGCGCGGGUCCAGCGUCGGCCGGCACAAGAGCACUGGCGGCGAUCACGGCAACAUCCUGACCUCCCUACUGCACCCUGGGCCCUACGUGCCCCCCGAACCGCUCGUGCCCGGAAUCCGCAGGAGAUCGACCGAGCCCGCCGUCGACGAGCUGGGUGAGCCGUACGCCACCCGCGUCAGCUCACGGAGGACGGAGCCAGGGGUGUCACGGAGGCUAGAUACUCCAAUCUUCUCGCACAGGCCCCGUACUGCAGCCGGGGGUGGGGAAUGAGCGUUGGAUCGCGGCGUUUCUCGGAUGACUUUUUUUCAAAGGGAUAGAUCUUUGGAUUUUCGGGUAUGGCGUUGUGGCAGUCUGAGUUGCAGCAGAGGGAUUACACCUCGGCAACAGGGGGGCAAUUUGGAGAUGGGAACGGAGUUUAUAGAUAUCGGAAACAUAGACAUUCCAUUCUGGAACGGAUCACGGAAAUCAGAGAGUCGGGCAUUUUGGGGGUGUGUCGUGGCUGCGCGGUCAUGGACCUUGGCGCGCACGGAGACCGGGAUUUCAUAUGGACAUAGACGGAACCUAACACGCAAGCUUGCGGCUUGGUUUGCGUCGGCACUUGUACAUACAAAUCAGAUGCUCUCGGAGAGCAGGCAUAUAUACUCACCUUAGUUCCACAUAAUUUGGGUAAAAACACGC